AUGCAGCUCAAAGCUUUCUACUUGAUGAACGUCCCAACCUUAAGUGUUGGAUUACGGAACGAGUCGAAAAGUUACCUUGCUGGCAAGAGACGCAAGAUACAACUGGCAAGGCGUUACCGGGCCGCCACGAAUGACACGUUUCACCUUGGAUUUUGCUCUCUCCCUCUCCAUGCAUUCAAACCGCGGGGUCGGCCUUUUUGCCCUGGUGGCGAAGCUGACGUUAAGUCACUACAGGCAGAAUGCUGUCUCAGUCAGGACCUUGUCAAUCAGGCUCCCCAGUCUUCCCAAGUUUCAAGUCCAGAUUUUAUGUCUUUAAAAGCUACAAGUGUGCUUUUCAAGCCUUCGACCGCUAUAGCCUUCUCAAGUGCCAUCGCAAAAUGCAUUGGUCUGCGCCUCAAUCAGCGUCGCGGCCCAGUAGGCAAGUAUUCGAUCAGCUUGCAGGAUCCCAGAUCCGGCAAGAUGCACGACGGUCUGUCUAAUACCUCGAAUCUGAUGCGGAUGACGGCUCUUUUGGUGGUAUCCUCAGCAGCCCGAAGAGGCAUUCCCCUGAUUGCAGGUAAGACCCAUGAAUUUGCAGUGUUGCCGAACGCAGAGAUCUCGAAAAUGUUAGACUUGACCCUCAUCACCGCUUCCGUACAUAAUAGCUUGUCGCAGGAGUACAAUGUGGAGCAUUGUUGCGGUUUGGGCUACAUUCACGCACAAGUGGCUGCAGGUCAUGAUCUGACGGGGUUUGAGAAAUUCGUCAAUCAAAUCGAGCAAGCAUUCGCACAAUUCCAAGGCCAAGUUUCUGAAAAGUUGAACACUCUUCCAGCAAAGCUGCAGGCGAUCAUCAAGUACACCAAAUUUGUCCAGAGCGAGAAGGCUUUCUUUAGAGAAAAGCCGAUCUUGACGAAUGGCAUCUCCGCCAUGUCCGUCAAAAUGUUGAGAGUCCAAUGGCUCGAAUACUACAGUAAAUUGACCGCCUUGAAUUCGUACCUCAAGGCAGGGGGGGGGGUUCGUGGUCCUCCAGGUGAACGAUUAUUCCAGUCACGGAAACGGGCUUCGCAAGCAAAAGGCGUGGCCGAAGGAAAGGCUAUCAUGAACAAAGACGCGGAUCAGAGGGCGAGAAGGGUGAUUGAGAUGCCGACGCGGGAGAUGUUCCGCAUUGCCUGGGUCUGA